AUCUCCGAAGGGGAUGAGAGACGUUAGGAGACGAUCCGGGAAGUAAUUAAUUAUUUUUUGAAGGUGACAAUUGGGUUUUUAUUAGAGUUUCUGAGGAGUUUGAGGGAGAUAUGUAGUGGAAAAAUUGUGGCUAGUGGUCAGGGGGCUAUGACAGGACCGAUUUAUCAUGAGAGACAGGUGAAGGAGCUGUGCGCCCUGCACGCCCUGAACAACCUCUUUCAGGAGAGGGGCUUCAGUAAACAAGAGCUGGACCAGAUCUGCUACGGUCUCAGUCCUGAUGUCUGGAUUAAUCCUCACAAGUCACUUCUGGGACUGGGGAAUUAUGAUAUCAAUGUUAUCAUGGCUGCACUACAAAAGAAGGGAUGCGAGGCCAUCUGGUUUGAUAAGAGAAGGGAUCCGAAGUGUCUUCGUCUGGACAACAUAGACGGUUUCAUCCUCAACGUUCCCACCGAAUACAAACUGGGCUUUGUUCUUCUACCCUUGAAGAAACGUCAUUGGAUAGCUCUGAAGAAAAUCCAAGGUGCCUUUUACAAUCUCGACUCAAAACUCGAUUCACCCCAGCUGAUCGGCAAGGAAGACGAUUUACUUACAUACCUGAAGGACCAAAUUGAGAGUAAGGAGAAGGAAUUGUUUCUAGUUGUGUCCAAGGAAGUGGCAAGCAGUCAGGAAUGGCUGAUCAAAGUGAAUAAUUGUAAUGAUAACUUGGGUGACAGUGGUGAAAAAAUGUUCACAACUGACAGUGAUGAAAUAAGGUAUAUUGAGGAUGGACUCAGUACAGACAUUGAGCUUGAUAAAAAAUCCCAGGAUGAUGUGGAUAACGAUAAUAUUGUCAAUGAUAAUACGAGAUAAUCUUUAUCAUUUUGCACAUUUUUUGGGGGAGAUUUAGUGAUGGAGUUUGUGAAAUUCAAAAAUUUGGAUUGUUCAUUUUGUAAAAGUAAGCGACCAGGGAACUUUUGGAUGUACUUGAUCAAAGAUGGACGGUUGACAAAUUUUUCCUCUCCGCCGACAUUCCCCCGACAUUUGUCCUAAAUUUUCCUCGAAAAAAUAUUCUUGAGGUCCCGAUGAAGACUCCCUUUGCCCAACCCGACCUUAAUUUGCCAUUCCUUCAUCAAUUAAUGAAUUAAUUCUUUAUCAAUGCUUUAUCAAUUUUGUUGUCAUUCUUUAUUUUGUCAAUCUUUCUUGGAGAUUGAUAAAUUAAGACCCUAGGCAAGUUCCCUAUUGAAUACUUCGCUCAUUCUAACGUGUCUCAUACACGAGUAAUCAAGGGAUUAUGAAUCAAUAAUUUUUUGUAUCAUCUGAAUGUGUAAAUAAUCCGACGUCUAAUCAAUAAUCUCCAUUAACGAAUUCAUGUUUUUUAGCCAUUGAAAACACCGAAUGAUUUUUCAUUGAAUUUGGAACAUCUAACGAUCGAUAAUCGAUUUUCCAUCCACCAAAUUAUCAUGAAAAUCAUUUUGCAACAGUACAACGUUCGUCUUGUGAUCUGUAGCGUCUGCACAGCGUAGAAUAAUUAUCGAUAGCAUUAAGCCUUCUAUUUCAAGCAUUGAAGCAAUAUUUUUCAUGUCUACAAUUAAAGAAAGGAAAAUGCUUGGCUUCAUUCAAUCAAUUCAGUUAAUUCAGUAAAUAAACUAAGAGAAAACACGAGGGGAAUGGAACAGAGACAAACGUAAAACUAGUCCAUAUGUGAGAGAAAUAAUUAUAAUCAUUACAAUUACUAUUUAUGUUAAUUAUUAAAACAACACCAGAGACAUUUUUUAAUUGUUAUUUACAUUCAUAAAUAAAUUAUUUUUGUUCAUUUUUCGAGGAAAAA